UAAGCUUUCUCCUCCCAUUUAAUUUCAUGCAGUUCCAAAAUCUCUUCAACUUGAAGAACGCAAAAGAAGAUCCACAAAUGUCUGCAACGGAAGCCAUCUCCAAAACCUUCAGCCACUCCUGCAAUCCUCCACCCCCUCCGAAGAAGAAGCGGAAUCUCCCCGGAACACCAGAUCCUGAAGCGGAGGUGAUCGCUCUGUCUCCGAGAACACUGUUAGCGAGCAACCGUUUCGUGUGCGAAAUCUGCGGCAAGGGGUUCCAGCGCGACCAGAACCUGCAACUCCACCGGCGCGGCCAUAACCUGCCGUGGAAGCUCCGGCAGCGCGGCAGCAAGGAGUCGCGGAAGCGCGUGUACGUGUGCCCGGAGCCGGCCUGCGUCCACCACAACCCCUCCCGCGCCCUCGGCGACCUCACUGGCAUCAAGAAGCACUUCUGCCGGAAGCACGGCGAGAAGCGGUGGAAGUGCGACAAGUGCGCCAAGAAGUAUGCGGUGCUGUCGGACUGGAAUGCCCACGUCAAGACGUGCGGCUCCAGGGAGUACCGCUGCGACUGCGGCACUCUCUUCUCCAGGAGAGACAGUUUCAUCACUCACAGGGCAUUUUGCGAUGCCUUGGCUGAGGAAACCGCAAGAGUCUCGGCGGCAGUGUUCAACAAUAUUACCAGCAACAUGGAUCUGAAGCCAACAAGCUUCAUCGACGUCAAUAAUGGUGAUCAGGUAAUAGUAGAACAGCAGCAGGUCAAGCAAAGGGAGUCUCGUGGAGUGAAUACUAAUUCAGCCUUUAAUAAUGGUGAUCUCUACGGCUCAUGCUCAAAUUUGCAACAACCUGAAGGUCAGUUGAGUUGGGCUGGUAACAGUACUAAUAACCAUGGUGAUAUAUUCUCAUUAUCAAGCACGAGAACGGUAAAAGGGGCAAAUGUUUUCGCCCAUGGGAGCUUCCCCUCCCUCUUUAGCUCUCUCGAGCAUAACCCAACACUGGGGUCGGAUACAUCGGCGACAGCAUUGCUGCAAAAAGCGGCACAAGUUGGUGCUUCCACCAUUCCAUUCUUGGGUAGCUUAUUCAAGGAGGAGCUUGGAGGAGAGACUAGAGAUUUCUUAGGUGUUGGAAUGCAUCCCUCAUUUAGCGGAUGGCUUUGAGCACGAUUUGCAACUGUGUCGAGAUCGACGGUGGAGAAUUGCUGUUUAAUUUGUUGAAGAUGGCCUAAGAUCCAUGCAUGGAUUAACUCAUGCUCAUAAAAUAGCUAGCUCUAUUAUUGCACUCCCAUCUUUAAUUCAAACUCUAC